UCCUCUCUCCAUCUCGUGCGUACCCGUCGUUUCCUCCACCCUCUCUCUCUCAGUCUGCGUGCUGUAGCUCUGCUGUACAGUCCUCUCAAACCGUCUGUUGUGCAGCACCAAAGGGAGGAGGAGCCACCGGCACACGCAUACAUACUCACUCACGCAGACCAACACUCUCCUGACAUCCCUCCUGCACAUCCACUGUAAGCACCAGUCAGCCAGCCAGGCCCGUUUGGAGAAGGGGAGCCCAGCCGUCUCAUCACCCAAGAUGGAUGUACUGAUGAAGGGGUUCUCCAUGGCCAAGGAGGGAGUGGUGGCCGCCGCAGAGAAGACCAAAGCAGGCAUGGAGGAGGCAGCAGCCAAGACCAAGGAAGGGGUGAUGUAUGUAGGCAAUAAGACAAAGGAGGGAGUUGUGUCAUCAGUAAACACAGUGGCCAACAGGACCGUGGACCAGACCAACAUUGUGGGAGACGCAGCGGUUGCCGGGACCAACGAGGUGUCACAGGCGGGUGUGGAGGGCGUAGAGAACGUCGCCGCAUCAACCGGGUUGAUCAACCAGGGAGAAUAUGGAGGGAUGGAGCAGGGCCGCGAAGGAGGAGAGGGGUAUUAGUUGUCUUCAGGACCCCCCCACCCGCCUCCCGUCUUCUCCAGCAGCCCCCCCGGCCCCCCUCGCCUCGCAGACUCCAGAUGUUCGACAUAUUUUUUUGUGACUCUACGGAACCAAAAUCAACUAAAACAGACUCUUCCAGAUGCCGCACCUCAGCCCCUGUAUCCACCCCUCACACCCCUCCUCCUCCCACACACCCCUGCCUCCCCACCCCAUCCCACCCCCUCCACCCUCUGACCCCUGCAGCCUGUAGCUUCUACUCCACUGCCCGUCUUACCCCCCCUUACUCACCUGUGUGUUAGUGUCGUCCUGAUAUGAGCCCUGAUGUUGUUACUGCCCCCCCACGCCUACAAACCUAUAGGGAAACCUCACACACAAACACACACACACAUACCAACACGUACACACACACAAACAAAAAGAGACACACUUUCAUUAAACACAUGCAUGAAACACACACACAGUGCAUACCAUCAACGCCAGCACAGACGCACACGCUGACCAGAUCAGUGUCAUCCGUCAGAAAUGAAAUCGUGGUUGUGAGAAUCCACUCAGGCCUCUGCACUGCAGUCCACAGCAGUAACUGAUGACUGAGGCAGGAUGUGAGCUGCUGUUUGUGUGCCUGCGUAUCCAAAGCUUAUAUUCUAUAUAUAUAGUAUAUAUAUUCAUGUGUGUGUGCAUGUGCAGCUGUGGCAUAUGAAACAAAAUACAAUAAAUCUCCGGACGCUUGUGCAGGGAAUCGUGCGUUGAUGGCGGAUCUCGUUCUGUUGUGUGUGUGUGUGUGCAGUAGUUAGUUAGCCCCGGUAGACUGCAUGAAGAGAUUUUUGUAGAACGACUCGUCACGUGUUGAAACUGUAGAGUAGCAGCUGUUUCCGUGUGGCUUUGUAUGGCUUAAGUGUGUGUCUCGCCUCGACGUGUAGAAACAGGGUUAUUAACAGUGUCGUUCACCUGAAAACAACGCACAGGGCUUAUUCUUCUAAUCGAUGUUAAAUAUUCACAUACAAGCUGCAAUCGAUAACUGAUGGUUUGAUCCGAUUUGACUGACAGGGGCAUCUCUCUGCAAACAACCAUAUUUGAAUAAUAAAUUAUAAUUGGCGAUUGGAAAUCCUGAAUAUCUUCCUAUUUUCUGUCCCAAUCCAGCCCAGUGUUUCCCAUUUGAAAUAACCAGUAUUGCUCCAACUUAGGCAAACAAAAUGAUGUGUCCAUAUUUAUAUGUUCAAGCCAAUUAGUGGAUAUCAAAGUUUCCAAAUGCACCAGGGUGAAUUCGGGGGAAAAUGUGCAGGAAAAUGCUGCAAAAACCAUUUAGAACAAAGUCUUGGGUUUGAAUGUUUCUUUCAUUGUAAAGAUAGAGUCAGGUCAGGAUGAACUUGGAUUUAGGGGGAAAUUAAAAUGGAAAAUAUGGGGUUUAAAAUGUGUUUUCAGGGGAAAAUGAGCAGUUGAUUUCUGAUUAUCAUGUAGUUGCUUUUUGGUGUUUGUGAAACUGGCUUGCAUGUCAAAGAGGAAAAGUGAGCAGCCUGGAUGUCAUUCAGAUUUCUGUGAUGAAAACAAUCACUCAAUAAAAGGGAAUCGGUCCAAUGAGAGCGCAGGAUGAGGGUUUGUGUUUUCACUGUAGUUCAGCUUUGUGUGUAGUUCUGUGUACAGCUUGAAUUCUGGGAUGUGUAGUGGAUUUUUAGGGGUAGUUUUAAUUUUAACACUAACUGGUGUUGUGACCAGCUCGACUGUCUCAGCCAAUCAGGCGAUUCCCUCCUCUCGUCACAGUGUAACGCCACCUUCCACUGCUCGUCUGUGUGUGCGCGUCAGUAUGCACUGUAUGUGUGUGCGUAUAUGUGUGUGUUAACGUAGAACGGUUUCAGCCAGCAAUGUGUGUGUAUGUGUGUUUCUGGAGCAGGUGUGUGUUUUUACUUUGAGGCCAAUGGAAACUGAUGACUGCAUGUUGCCUUAUUAAGCAAUCUGACAUUCACACACACAGACCAUACACUUCAACACACUAACAUGUACACACACACACUGUCUAAACAACACCCCCCGCCCCCCAACACACACACAAAUACACACACCAUGUUUAAGUUGGCAUCAAAGCAGACUCGCUGAUUUUAUAAACAGUACCAGUGAAAUUAAAAAUGUUUUGUUGAAAUCCA